GCAGCCCGCAGUCCGGGUGAACCACAACAUUGGUUCCGUUUUCUCGGCCCGGCGUUUCUCCAGUUACUUCCUGAAAGAACAACCUUGGAACCUAACCCUCUCGCGGGAGAAUGGAAGGGGACAAAGCCUCCUCUCCCGAGAUCUCGAGCCCGGAAGAAGGCCGCAGCGAGGGAAUAUCGGAGUACGAAAGGCAGCGGCUCUCGAGGAUAAAGGAGAACAGGGCGAGGCUCGAAGCUCUCGGGCUUCCCCAACUCGCUUCCUCCCUGAUCGGUUCUCUCUCCGAGCGCCGGCGGCCCGGCGAAGAUGGGAAGGGAAAGAAGAAGGCGAAGAAAAGGAAGGGAGUUGGACGUAGCAGCGCGGAUGAUGAGGACGAUGAGGAAUACCGACCGUCGGAUGAAGAUAACGAAGAAGAAGAAGAAGAAGACGUGGAGAGUUCUUCCUCAAGCGAAGAGGAGAAGGAAAAAGACAAGAGGCGUCCUUCUGGUUCGCGUCGAAAGGGAAAGAAAAGAAUUUCCUUAAAUGCAACAAAGCUCAGGAAAAGUUUGGAUGGAGAAGGGGACAUGAAAAAAUCUGAUGAUUUCAUUGAUGACGAUGUUGCCAUAAAGCAGGCAAUUGCUCUCUCACUUGGAGAAGCGAUGGAGGAGUCAGGUGUAGCAGGAUUUUCUCAAAAUUCUGGUACCAACAUAGCUGAUUCCAGUCCUCAUGGAAAAAAAGAUAGGACCAGCUUACAAGAAACUGUUGGGAAAAGGAAGAACAAAAAAUUGAGUAAGAGUCGGGUGCAACUAAGUGAAGAUGAGGUGGUUGCUUACUUCUUUUCUUUUGAUGAAGUGGGAAAAGGCCACAUCACAGUACGGGAUCUACAAAGAAUGGCCAUUGCUCAUGAUUUUACUUGGACAGAUAGUGAAGUUGCCAAUAUGAUUCAUUGCUUUGACAGCAAUGGAGAUGGAAAGCUUAGUUUGGAUGAUUUUCGAACCAUUGUUUCUCGAUGCAACAUGAUGCAGGAGCCUGAAGAGUGUUAAAGUUGUGGUUGCUGUUCUGUUUGCGAAGUCAGAUAUUCCAUUCUGAGGGAAUAUUGUUUGGCUGGUGCAUUUGUUUGGCAGAAUUGCUCCCCGUCUAGCUCAGUUGGAGAUGCUUGUCUAUAUAUACUGAAUGAUGGAGAGAGCCAAGGGAAGAAAGUGAUGGUUGGUUACAGCUUCCAACAAUAGUUAAAUGUUGUUUGUGUUAACAAUGGAUAGAUGUUAAUCUCUC